AUGCUUGAAAAGAAGGGUACAGUUGUUUUAGAAAGGCCUGCAUCUGGGGAAGAUGAGUGUGAAUCUGAGGAAAUUGACGAAAAGAAUGGGAACCUUUCUCGGGAACUCAAACCAAGGGUGGUAUCCCUCUUGACGCUGGGGAGUGCUGUUGGCACUGGCCUUAUUAUUGGCAGUGGAUCGGCGUUGGCUAAAGGAGGCCCCAUAAGCCUUUUUAUAGCGUACCUGUUUACUGGUUCACUGCUGUGCGUGGUCAUCUUUUCUUUGAGCGAGAUGGCAAGCUUUGCGCCAAUGGACAAAGGAUUCAGUGGAUAUCUGAACAGAUACGUCGACCCAGCGUUUGGAUUCGCAGCUGGUUGGAAUUAUUUUCUUAAAUAUGCAAUUGUGUUGAGUGCAAAUUUAACUGCCUUUGGAUUGGUUAUAGGAUAUUGGAGGCCAGACGUAAACGUCGGAGUGUGGGUUACAGUUCUUUAUGUGACAGUGUUUUGUGUAAAUUUUUUGGCGGUCAAGUAUUUUGGAGAGAUUGAAGCCUUGCUGACUGUGUUUAAGUUGCUAGUGCUGGUGAUCGUUUAUAUCACUUGCCUAAUCAUCACUUGCGGCGGAGCCCCGAAUCAUACUACUACUGGAUUUCGUUAUUGGCGUGAGAGCGGCGCACUUCCCUAUCUAGUUGGAGGCGGCACGGGAAAAUUUCUUGGUUGGUGGGCUUGUGUUGUUCAGUCAAUAUUUGGGUUUAUGGGAUCUGAAAUGAUUGGUAUAGUUUAUGGAGAAACUGCGAACCCGAAAAAGACUAUUCCCAAAUCCUCUAUGAAUGUGUUUUUUCGAAUUGGAUUUCUUUACGUUUUUGGAGUAUUCAUACUGGGGUUGGCAAUAUCACCAGUCAAUUCAAAAUUGGUUCAUGCCCAUAGCACGGAUGCCAAUGCUUCUCCGUUUGUGAUUGCAAUAAGUUCAAGUGGAAUCAAAGUUUUGCCCAACUUCGUUAAUGCUGCAUUAUUAGUGUUCAUCAUCAGCUCUGCAAAUACGGAUAUUUAUAUAUGUUCGAGGCAACUUUAUGGAUUGGCCAAGGAUGGGGCAGCACCCAAAAUAUUUUUGCUUGUGAACAGGUUCAAGGUUCCCGUAGUUGGGUGUGUCACAGGUUCUUUACUAGGGUUUUUGGCUUAUAUGAAUACGAAGAAAUCGGCGGCAACGGUCUUUAGUUACAUAACCAGCACAGUUUCGGUAUUUGGUAUUUUAAAUUGGUUCUACAUCCUAAUAGCUUAUAUCAACUACGAUCGGGCGAUAAAGGCAAAAGGAAUAAGUAUCGAUGAUAUUCCCUUCCGUAUGUGGUUUCAGCCAUAUGCUGCGUACGUGACACUUUUCUUUGUGACGAUCAUUACUUUUUUUAAUGGGUACAACGCCUUCAUCAUAAAAUUUCACUACAAGACUUUCAUCACAAGCUAUAUUGGAGUAUUUGCAAAUAUUUUAAUGGUGAUAGGAUACAAACUAUACUUUAAGACAAAAUUCGUAAAACCAAGUGAAAUCUCCUUUAGAACAAGGAACGAACAUGAAGGUGAGGAAGCUUAA